AUGUUCUACAUUGUCGGACUUGGCCUAUGCGAUGAGAAGGAUAUCACCGUCCGGGGCUUGGAGGCUGUAAAGGGGUCCUCGCGAGUAUACCUCGAGGCCUACACCAGCAUCUUGAUGGUGCAAAAGGAGAGAUUGGAAGUAUUCUACGGAAAGGAGCUCAUCCUCGCUGACCGCGACAUGGUGGAAACCGAAUCGGACGACAUUCUCCGCAACGCAAAUACAGAAGACGUAGCUUUCCUUGUCGUUGGCGAUCCUUACGGGGCCACAACGCACACCGACAUCGUUCUCCGCGCCCGCGCGCUGAACAUCCCCACGCGUAUCAUCCACAACGCAUCGAUCAUGAACGCUGUUGGCGCUUGUGGCCUGCAGCUAUACAACUUCGGACAGACGGUGUCCCUCGUAUUUUUCACCGAGACGUGGAAGCCAGGCAGCUUUUACGACCGCAUCAAGGAGAAUGCGGACCUCGGUAUGCACACCCUCGUCCUUCUCGACAUCAAGGUCAAGGAGCAGAGCGAAGAGAACCUCGCUAGAGGUCGGAAAAUCUACGAGCCCCCGCGCUACAUGUCGAUCCCGCAGGCCAUCUCGCAACUCACCGAGAUCGAGUCCUUGCGCCAAACCGGCAUCCUCUCCCCGGAAUCGACUCUCGCGAUCGCACUCUCGCGCGUCGGCGGGGGGCUGGACGAGCGCAUUGUCGCGGGCACACUCGCCGAGCUCCUUGCGCAGCCUCCGGAGGUAUAUGGGGACCCUUUGCAUAGUCUGGUUGUAGUAGGGAAGCGCCUACAUCAUCUGGAGGUGGAGUAUGCGGAGCAGUUCGCGGUGAAUAGGAAAACGUGGAGGGACGUGGCGAGGAGGAUGUAUGGGUGUGCGUUGGAAUGAGGGAGGGGAUAUUUCGAUCAAGCGUUUGAAACGACAUCUGGCAGUCACAUUUAGCAGUUAGGGAAGGACACGGGUCGGAUACAACUGCCUUAUGCACGGCUACGGGUAAAGGCUCGGUUAACCCGCCCAAAAGCCGUACUCUACGGAGCGUACUCGUGGACCGAUAGGUAAACCUUCGUGACAAUAUGGUAGAAC